UCGCAAUAAACUUUUUUCAGAUUUCCUUCUAGAUACCCUUUCAUGAUUCUAACCACACCUACCUAGCAGACGUGUCGCGGAAUGUAACCACAACGAAACUGGAUUUUCAUACUCAAUUCUGAACGCUCACCGUAUGACCACUAAUUUAGAAAAGGUUAAGUCCAAUGGAUAACCUAUCUGUUCAUAGUUUUUCGUGAAUAAAACGAUAGGUAUUUGAGAUGAGCGAUGCGGAAGGAGAAGGCGGCGGCGAAAUGUCAAAGACCGAGAAAGAUCAGAGCUGGAUACCCAAAAUUAUUAAGAAACGAGUGUGCACAACUUUCGUAGAGGAUUCUUUCAGUAAUGGCAGGCUGUGUCAGUGUGGGGGUACGCGGGACACCCAUGAGUCAGUGGCGCUGGGGGACUAUUUCAGCACAGCCAUCGUCAGCCACUGGAACAGCUCCCAGCAUUCCUCCGAGUACCCCACCGACGCCUUCGGAGAGCUGGAGUUCGCCGGCGCCAGCAAGAGACAAAGCAAAUUCCUGCGUCUCUCGUGGGACACCCCUCCUUCCAUCAUCUACACCCUGAUGACGGCCCACUGGGGGCUACCUCCGCCCAACCUGGUGGUGUCAGUGGUGAGCGGGGAGGGGAGGGCAAAGGUCAAGACGUGGGUACGGGAGGUCCUGAGGCAGGGAUUGGUCAAAGCCUCCCAGAGCACAGGAGCGUGGAUACUGACUGGAGGCCUACGUGAGGGUGUCGGGAGGUGUGUAGGGGAAGCGGUAAGGGACCAUGCCACCGCUGCCUCCUCUGUCUCCCUGAACAAGGUGGUGGCUCUGGGCAUCGCUCCCUGGGGCCUGGUCCACAACCGCCAGCAGCUGGUCAAUCCGCAGGGUAGCUUUCCUGCUAGGUACUACUUCCAGAACACGUCCCGUGACUCAUGUUGCCUGGACAACAACUACCAGGCCUUCCUUCUGGUGGAUGAUGGGAGUGUAGGCCGCAGAGGGGGCGAGGCAGGCUUCAGGGCCCGGUUGGAGGACUAUAUUUCCCAUCAGCGUACAGGCAUCUGGGGCAGUGGAAGCAUUGACAUCCCCGUCCUGUGCAUGCUGAUAUCAGGAGAGACAACCAUGCUGGAGCGGUUGGAUCUCUCUCUGAGGAACUCCAUGCCCUGGCUGGUGCUGGCGGGGUCGGGUGGUGUGGCCGACCUCGUCAGCGACGUCCUGGAGAGCCUAUCGUCUGCGCCCCCCGUCCUGUCCUCCACUGAGGGGGAGGGGGAGGCGGGACCCAGUGUGGACCUUAAAGACAGAGUGGCCGAGAAGGUUAGGAAGCACUUUCCGUCCGAAACGGAGAUGGACAAACUGGUAGAACGGGUUCUGAGCAUCUACCUGAACAGGGAUCUGAUCACUGUCUACCACGGAGAGCAGGAGGGACCAGAUGACUUUGACACGGUCUUGCUCAAAGCCUUGGUUAGAGCGAGUAAGCAGCGUGUGUCAAGUGAAGCCAGCCCCUACACUGAGGAGCUGAAGCUGGCGGUUACCUGGAACAGAGUGGACAUCGCCAAGAGUGAGCUCUUCAAUGGAGACAUCCACUGGAGGUACCAGGACUUGGAGGACUCCAUGACGGACGCGUUGGUCAACGACAAGCCACAAUUCGUGCGCCUCUUCACCGAGAACGGACUCAACAUCCUGGACUACCUGACCUAUGGGCGGCUGGAGAGCCUCUACCGUUCGGUGGCCGACAGCUCUCUAGCCUACGUCCUGCUGCAGCGCCGCCUAGGGGAGCGCCAGGGUAUGACAAGCUCGCAGGCCAUGCUGCUGGAUGUCUCUCCUGCCAAAGGAUCUGGUGGGUCGCCAGGGGGGCGGCGGCCUGCGAAUAAGUUCAGUUUAUUUGAAGUGUCGAGAGUCCUGGAGGACUUGAUGGGGGAUGUGUGUCAGCCAUUUUACCACUCACCACUGGGACUGGAGAACAUCUCCUCCCAGAGAAAGGCUCUCAAGCGUGUGAGUAAGUUGUUGCGGGGCGACUGUGUGUACCAGGACAAGCGUUGUCUCUUUCCCUGGGCUAGUCUCUUCGUCUGGGCUGUGCUGCAGAACCGCAACGACAUGGCCGUCUUCUUCUGGGAGAUGGCAGGCGAGUCGGUCCUCAGUGCUCUGAGCGGCUGUAAGAUCCUACGGGAGCUGUCCAAGCUGGAGAGCGAGACGGAGACCAAGCUGGCCAUGAAGGAGCUAGCGCAGAGGUUCGAGAACCUGGCUCACGAUGUAUUCAGUAAGUGUUACCAGAGCAGUGAGAGUCGCUCCUUCACCCUGCUGAUCAGGAAGUCUCCCGUAUGGGGAGGGACCACCUGUCUAAAGAUGGGCAUGGCCGCUGACGCCCGCCUCUUCUUCAGCCACGAUGGAGUACAGUCUCUCCUGUCUCAGAUCUGGUGGGGGGAUAUGAAGAGGAGCACGGAGGUGUGGAAACUCCUCCUCACCUUCUUCUGUCCCGUUCUGAUGUACACCCAGCUCAUCUCCUUCAGGGAAUUGGAGGAGCCGGGGAAGCCUGAUGAGGUUGCACAGGGUAGAGACAGUGACAGCCUUUAUGGAGAAACAAUUUUCUCCUUCUCUGACAUCAAGCACAUUGAACAUCAUACACAGGGUCCUAAUAGUCCCAGAUAUCCUCUGAAAGGCAGGCCCAAUACCCCACCUAAACGGCCUUUUGUGCUAUCCCGAUGGCGGCAGUUUUGGUUCGCACCCGUCACUUCCUUUUUAGGCAACGUUCUGAUGUACUUCCUGUUUCUUCUGCUGUUUGCCUACGUGCUAUUGGUGGACUUUAAGCCGCCACCCCCGCGAGGCCCCGCUUUCGCCGAGUGUGUGUUGUACUUCUGGGUGUUCACCAUCGUCUGUGAGGAGAUCCGAGAGACGUUCUUAGUGGGCAGCAUGAUGUGGCGUCAGAGGUUGAGGAAGUACGUCCAGGACGUUUGGAACAAGUGUGACCUCACCGCCAUCAUACUCUUCAUCAUAGGCCUCACCUGCAGAAUGUUCCAGUGGUCCUAUGACUUUGGCCGAGCAGUCCUGUGUGUGGACUACAUGGUCUUCACACUUCAUCUCAUCCACAUCUUCGCCAUUCACAAACAACUGGGGCCAAAGAUCAUCAUUGUCGGCAAGAUGAUGAAGGAUAUCUUCUUCUUCCUCUUCUUCCUGGGGGUGUGGCUUAUGGCAUAUGGGGUGGCCAAUCAAGCACUGCUGUACUCCUAUGACCCCCGUCCCGCCUGGAUCUUCCGGCGCGUGUUCUACAGGCCGUACCUGCACAUAUUUGGACAGGUCCCAGUGGAGGAAAUAGAUGUGAGGAAGGAGUGGGACAGGGAGUGCACUGACAAUGUGACGCUGAUCGAGGGAGGCGCGGAGCCCUGCAGGAGCCAUUAUGCUAACUGGCUAGUGAUCAUCUUACUGGUCAUCUACCUACUGGUCACCAACAUCCUGCUCAUCAACCUACUCAUUGCCAUGUUCAGUUACACAUUCUCCAAGGUGCAGGGCCAGAGCGACACCUACUGGAAGUUCCAGCGCUAUAACCUGAUUGUGGAGUACCACUCCCGGCCCUCCCUUGCUCCCCCCUUCAUUAUCCUCUCCCACGUUCACCUAUUCAUCAAGAGAUACAUCCGCAAGGUACCCUCGGUCAAGAUCCUCCAUUUUGUAUUGGAGCUGACGGGGAGAGCAGCUAACAGGUUAAUGACAUGGGAGGCCAUUCAGAAGGAGAACUUCCUGACAGCCCAGAGCAAGAUCCAGAGAGGGAGCGACUCAGAGAGGCUCAAACGGAUGUCAGUCAAGGUGGACAGUGUGCUGAAACAGAUGGCUGAGACAAGGGAUCAUGAUCGCAGACUGAGGGCUCUGGAAUCGGAGUUGGAGUAUUGCUCGAGUGCACUCAGCUGGAUAGUGGAAACCCUCUCACAGAGCAACAUGGUCAAACCCAGUCGGCCACCGCCAACACUUAGAGAACCAUUCCCUACCUCCUCCUCUUCCAUCUGAUCCUGUCUUUGUUUACAUGCCGAGCCAUUCAGGGUCACUGAAAGGAAAAGUUGAUACGCUGUUUCUUUCCACUUCGGCUGCUUCUUUGUCAACAAGUCUCCACUACUGCCAAUUGUUUUUGUUGGCAUUUUAAAUUGUCUGUAUUCGUUGAGGUUGUGUAUUUCAUUUUUAAAAGGUUCCCGAAAGACAACAGUUGGAACCAGGGGAAAGGGCUGGAAAAUACACUGUCGAAGAGGGAAAAUGUGUGGUGUGUGUUGUGUAAUGUGAUAUACUAUGCAUUUGUCAUAUACUUUUUUGCAGGACUCUCUUAUGAAUUUUACACAAUCUUUUGCACAAUUUUUUUUCUACUUUUUGAAGUUUUACAUGUUUUAUAUUGGGUAUUUGUCACUGCAUCUAGACCAGUUAUAGGUUCAUAAUGUACAUUAUGUGUUAGAGGUAUCUCACAUAUUUUAAGACAUACAGUUGAAGUCGGAAGUUUACAUACACCUUAGCCAAAUACAUUUAAACUCAGUUUUUUACAAUUAUUGACAUUUAAUUUUAGUAAAAAUCCCUGUCUAGGUCAGUUAGGAUCACCACUUUUUUUAAGAAUGUGAAAUGUCAGAAUAAUAGUAGAGAGAAUGAUUUAUUUCAGCUUUUAUUUAUUUCAUAACAUUCCCAGUGGGUCCGAAGUUUACAUACACUCAAUUAGUAUUAGUAUUUGGUAGCAUUGCCUUUAAAUUGUUUAACUUGGGUCAAACAUUUCGGGUAGCAUUCCACAAGCUUCCCACAAUAAGUUGGGUGAAUUUUGGCCCGUAGCCUUCCACAAAUUUUCUAUAGGAUUGAGGUCAGGGCUUUGUGAUGGCCACUCCAAUACCUUGACUUUGUUGUCCUUAAGCCAUUUUGUAACUUUGGAAGUAUGCUUGGGGUCAUUAUCCAUUUGGAAGACCCAUUUGCGACCAGGCUUUAACUUCCUGACGGAUGUCUUGAGAUGUUGCUUCAAUAUAUCCACAUAAUUUUCCUACCUCAUGAUGCCAUCUAUUUUGUGAAGUGCACCAGUCCCUCCUGCAGCAAAGCACCCCCACAACAUGAGGCUGCCACCCCCGUGCUUCACGGUUGGGAUGGUGUUCUUCGGCUUGCAAGGCUCCCCCUUUUUCCUCCAAACAUAACGAUGGUCAUUUCUAUUUUUGUUUCAUCAGACCAGAGGACAUUUUCCAAACGUAUGAUCUUUGUCCCCAUGUGCAGUUGCAAACCGUAGUCUCCAGCAUCUUCACAAGGUCCUUUGCUGUUGUUCUGGGAUUGAUUUACACUUUUCCCACCAAAGUACGUUCAUCUCUAGGAGACAGAGUGCGUCUCCUUCCUGAGCGGUAUGACGGCUGCGUGGUCCCAUGUUUAUACGUGCGUACUAUUGUUUGUACAGAUGAACGUGGUACCUUCAGGCGUUUGGAAAUUGCACCCAAGGAUGAACCAGACGUGUGGAGGUCUACAAUUUUUUUUCCGAGGUCUUGGCUGAUUUCUUUGGAUUUUCCUAUGAUGUCAAGCAAAGAGGCACUGAGUUUUAAGGUAGGCCUUGAAAAACAUCCACAGAUACACCUCCAAUUGACUCAAAUUAUGUCAAUUAGCCUAUCAGAAGCUUCUAAAGCCAUGACAUUUUUCUGGAAUUUUCCAAGCUGUUUAAAGGCACAGUCAAUUUAGUGUAUGUAAACUUCUAACCCACUGGAAUUGUGAUACAGUGAAUUAUAAGUGAAAUAAUCUGUCUGUAAACAAUUGUUGGAAGAUUUACUUGUAUCAUGCACAAGAUAGAUGUCCUAACCGACUUGUUAAAACUAUAGUUUGUUAACAAGAAAUUAGUGAAUUGGUUGAAAAACAAGUGACUCCAACCUAAGUGUAUGUAAACUUCCAACUUCGUCUGUAGAUUGCUGUAUUCAUUCUUAAUUCAUUCAGCUUGCAGUCAGGUCCAGAAUUUAUUGUCACGUCUGUAUUACUUUUUAUACCAACCACUAGAGCUCUGCUACCCGAGCCCGACAUUAUACAUUGGGUUAGGGCCGGGUAGGGUCUGUUUUUUUAAUCAAUAACUAGGGUAUGGGUAGGGCUCGGGUAUUACAAAAUUGAUCACCAACUUUUUGAAGCUGAGCCAUUUGCUCGUGCUCUGCUACGCAGUAGAGUAAUUUCUGACUGAUAUGAUAACGUGGUGUCAGAAUUGCUUCAACCUCGUCAAAUAUAAGUCAGGAGAGAUUAUUUAACAGAAAAUAAUAAUGUACCUUGAGUUUUGUCUGAGUUUUGAGCAGAGCAGCCCAAGCGGAGCCGUUGUUAUGGAUAUUCACCGACUCAGAGCCGUGUGCACAGGGAGCGAGUUACAGACAGAAGAGCAGCUAAUGUUUUUACUAUCAAGGGAAGUUAUUUCUGAUUUCAGGUUUCGGGUAGAGCUUUAAAUUUGGCAGAAGCAAUCGGGUCUUGGUAGGUUAGGGCCUAAAUGUCGCGGGCAAGGGUAGGAUUUUGGCUUAAAAUUCCUGCUCGUGCAGGCCUCUACCGACCACUAGUUAGCCCCAUAUACACUCCGAUAAUGCAACUAAUGUACAAUGCAUUUGACACAAUGGAUAUUUUUGUGAUACAUCCGAGUUUGUCUGGAUAAAUAUUUUGACACAACCACCACUACGGAAAAACUCUGUUGUAUAACAACAGUUGCAUCAAAUGGGUUGUAUAACCCAAGUGUGUACAGGACCGUUGUUACACUAUUGGCGAUUCAUGUCAUUUUAGCCAUGUUCUGCAUUAAAAGGAUAGAAGGCUUUUUAACUUCUCAGCUGAAAUGGGUCAUGUGGAAUGGCGUGAUCAACACAUACUGUAUAACAUGUAGUCACAUUUCCUGAGGAUUAAGUUGCCUCGCUGUCUUUCCAUCUUGCAUACUCUGACUCAUAUGUGUGUAUCAUGUUAUGCAGCUUCUGAUCUUGUACUUCAAUUAAAUAAUUGCAAUACUCA